GAUUAUACAAUAUCAAACCUUCACACAAUAACGCUUAUAACGUUCUAGAAAAAUGUUUAAAAUUUAGUUUAUAAAAAUCUAGUAUAGAACUUAUCUUUAAUUGACCAAUUUACCAAUUUAAUUAUUAAAAAUGAUUCUUAAAAACUAUGGAUCUUCUUUGUGGUUAUGGACGUGUUGUUUCGUUGUAGUAUAUUGCGAGACUGAUUAUUAUGAAAUUUUAAAUGUACAUCGGUCUGCCAAACAGAAUCAAAUAAAAUCAGCAUUUCGUAAGAUGGCUAAAGAGCUUCAUCCAGAUAAAAACCGUGAUGAUCCAAAAGCUGCCGAAAAAUUUUCCGAGUUGAGAAAUGCUUAUGAAGUUUUAUCUGAUGAAAAAAUGCGUAAAGAUUAUGAUAGAUGUGGUGCAAAUUGUGUCAAAAAAGAUUCCAUGGCUGGUGGUGGUCAUGAUCCAUUUGCUAGUUUUUUUGGCGAUUUCGGUUUUCAUUUUGAUGAUUCACCUGGACAUAAAGAAACUCCUAAAGGUGGUACAAUUGUAUUAGAUUUAGCUGUUACACUAGAAGAAUUAUAUAAUGGAAACUUUGUACAGGUAACCCGGAAUAAACCUGUGAUUAGACCAGCUUCUGGUACAAGACAGUGCAACUGUCGCCAGGAAAUGAUCACUAAACAAUUAGGCCCAGGUCGUUUUCAAAUGAUGCAACAAAAUGUUUGUGAUGAAUGCCCAAAUGUUAAAAUGGUAACAGAAGAAAAUAUGUUAGAAAUUGAAGUAGAGCCUGGUAUGAAAGACGGCCAAGAAACUAAAUUUGUUGCUGAAGGUGAACCACAUAUUGAUGGAGAACCUGGUGAUCUAAUAUUCAAAAUAAAGACUUUACCCCACAGUGUAUUUGAAAGAAAGGGUGACGAUUUAUAUACAAAUUUAACAAUUUCAUUAAAGGAUGCUCUAGUUGGCUUCAAAACUGAAAUUACACAAUUAGAUGGACGUAAGAUUAUUAUUGAAAGAGAAAAAAUAACCUGGCCAGGUGCAAAAAUUCGAAAGAAAGGUGAAGGAAUGCCAAACUAUGACAAUAAUAAUUUACACGGUUCUCUUAUCAUCACUAUUAACAUUCAAUUUCCAAAGACUGAAUUUAGUGACCAAGAUAAACAAGAUCUUAUAAGAAUUUUAAGCAGAAGUUAAAAAUAUCAGUAUUUUUGAUCAUCGUGUCUUUAUAUAUUUAUAUAUAUAUAAACACCUCCCUUUUGUAAAGUUUAAUUGUAUUGUCGUAUUUUUAUAAAAUAUAAAUAAUCUUUAAUAUGUUUUAUUGUAUAUCAAGUUAUA